GUUUGAACCUGUUUCAAAGCUCAGACUAGAAAUUCAAGAAAUUGCGGGAACCACAAAAUCCAAAGAGACUCUAACUGAAACAAGCAGAUUAUCCCCAUUAAAUUUCCCAACAAUCUCUAAUCCCACACAAAAUGGUGAGAACCUCUUCCCUCACACCCAGAAGCAAAUUCUUCUUGAGAAAACACAGAAAAUGGCCAGUCUCACCCUACAACACCAAAUGGCACACACUCUUCAAUCAACACCAAGCACUCCAAACCCUCAAACACUCCCCACUAAACCCACCCCAAAACCUUCUCUCCACACUCAUCCACUCUUUCAAAACCUUCAACUCUGACCCAACCCCUGAAGCUUACGACUUUGUCCUCAAAACCCUAACUAAAACCUCACAACUGACCCGCAUCCCUUCUGUUCUUGACCGCCUUGAAUCUGUAGAAAAAUUCCACACACCCGAAUCGAUUUUCGCCAAUCUGAUUAGAUUUUAUGGCAGUGCCAAUCGAAUUGGGGAUGCCAUUGAUGUUUUCUACAGGAUUCCCAAGUUCAGGUGUGACCCUUCUGCCGUUUCACUCAAUUCUUUGUUGUAUGUGCUUUGUGGGAGUAGUGAAGGUCUUAAAAUGGUGCCCCAGAUUUUGUUGAACAGCCGAGCUAUGGGGAUUAGGCUAGAAGAGUCGAGCUUUCGGAUUUUAAUCACUGCAUUGUGUGGAAUUGGAAGGGUUGGGUAUGCCAUUGAGAUAAUGAAGUGCAUGAUCAGAAAUGGGUAUGAUUUGGAUGUAAAGAUUUGCUCUUUGGUGCUGUCAUCAUUGUGUGAGCAAGAGGGUUUUGCUGCUUUGGAGGUUGUGGGUUUUGUGGAAGAAAUGAAGAGAGUUGGGUUUUGUGCUGGGAUGAUGGACUAUUCAAAUGUGAUUAGGCUUUUGGUGAAACAGGGGAAGGGUUUGGAUGCUUUGAGGGUUUUGGGGAAGAUGAAAGUGGAGGGAAUGAAGCCUGAUGUUGUUUGUUAUACCAUGGUUUUACAUGGGGUUAUUGCAGAUGGGGAUUACAGGAAUGCGGAUAAGGUGUUCGAUGAAUUGCUUGUGUUGGGUUUGGUUCCUGAUGUUUGUACUUACAAUGUUUAUAUAAAUGGGUUGUGUAAGCAGAACAAUGUGGAAGCUGGAAUAAAGAUGAUUACUUGUAUGGAAGAGUUGGGGUGCAAGCCGAAUUUGAUUACUUAUAACAUGUUGUUGAAGGCGUUAUGUAAGAAUGGGGAGCUGGGUCGGGCGAAGGAGCUUGUGAGUGAGAUGACCUUAAAGGGUGUUGGGGUAAACUUGCAGACACAUAGAAUUAUGCUGGAUGGUCUGUUUUGUAAAGGUGACAUUGAUGAAGCUUGUAUCUUUAUGGAGGAAAUGUCGGAUAAGUUUCUCUGUCGUUGUUGUUCGGCAUAUGAUGAUGUUAUCUUUGGGUUGUGCCAGAGGGGUUUUGUUUGUAAAGCAAUGGAUUUGCUGCUGAAAAUGGUUGACAAGAAUGUUGCGCCCGGGGCAAGAGCUUGGGAAGCACUACUUCUUAGCUCAGGAACUGGACCUUGCUUAGUAGAGACUACUUGGACUGGUUUAGUGAACCCAAUUGAAGUCGAUUGACUUCACUACGUCACCUACACAAACAUUGUGUAAUCACAACUAUAGUUUAUUCUCUUCACCUCCACUAUGGACGCCGAAACAGACGUUAUUGCUAUUGAGAUAGAAUUGUAUGAUCAAUAAUGAGUACAUUUAGACAUGAAGUUUGAUCUUUAAUACUGUUUCCACUCUAUCUGUAAACAAAAGGAUUCAGCUGGUUUUGUGGUCUUGGGGUUUUCUGGAAAAAAAAAAAAGAAUAAACUUGGGUUUGA